GAAGAUGGUCGAAAUGAAAUGUUCAGAAAACCUGAUCAAGACAUUGAUUAAUGAAAAACCAUACAGUCCAGAUAAGAUUCGUCGUCAUUGGAUUGAAAAUCUAUACAAUCCUAAUAAUGAUCUAGCUGAAACGACCACACCAACCCCAAACUUAUCCUCACCUUCGACUGAACUUUCGGACAAUAACAUACGUCACCUUCCUCCUCUCCCUGUAAAAAACCGCAUUCCAAACAUACCAAACAUAGAUGAUGUUCCGUUGAUCCUUCCGCCAAUCAUUGAACGAAAUUCCACAAAUAACCAUAACCAAACACUACCUUCAAUAAAAGCGCUCGGUAUCAUAAAUAAUCCCCAGAAUGUUCCGAACGUUCCCCAUGUUUCCCCAAAUGUUUCACAGAAUAUUCCCAGGAAUAUUCCUCAGAAUUUUUCUCAGUAUUUUCCACAACAUUCUCCCUCAAUAAUUUCUCAGACAACUCAGCGUGUCAGAAGCAUUAGUAAUUACAGCCACCAUCGUAAUUUUCAUCAUCCAUAUUUCAACCAUCAUCGUCGACUUCCUGCAUUGAACCAAAUCCCU